AUGUGCUUGGUGUUCGUGAGUGUUUCAACAAAGUAUAUCGAUAAAAGAAAGUGCCCUGAAGUAAGAGCUGUGCCGCAUUUUGAUUUACCACGAAUGCUGGGAGACUGGUUCGUAGUGGAAUAUUAUGCGAGCGCUGAAGAGGCUCUCUCGUACAGUUGUAUGAAAGCAGUUUUUACUCAGGACGACCACGUCGCAACGGCAGAUGGUUCUGUGGAAUGGACGCCAGGUGUAACGAUGAAUUUUACCUAUCGUUUUGCUGAUGACCCCCUUGGUGAAAAUCUCCUUGGCAAUAUAACGUGGCGAGUGGACUUAAACGAGCCAGCUCACUGGACUCAUGCUGAGAAAACAUAUGAAGGUAUCUACAACACAUAUGUACUAGAUACAGAAUACAAGACGUGGUCGCUUUUGCUGCACUGUGCUGAGCAAAAAGAGGGAACCAGAUACCUCAGUGCCUUUGUUUUGUCAAGGAAGACUUCUUUACCGAAAAAUGUCAUGGCGUACUUGAGGGACAAACUGCCGAGAUAUGACAUUGACAUAAACUACGUGUUUCCAAUACCUCACAAGGAUUGUUCAUCGAAGCCUGCUAAGUCUGACUAUACACCAAUUCUGGUGGAAGUUGGGAGUAAAGUUCCCAAGAAGCCUGGAGUUAGUUAUAACGUGGCAUUUGGUCAUUGA